CCAUCCUGUCGCUCUUUGCCCCAAUAGACAAACAACAAAAACGUUCUCUCUCGUCGGAAUCGCGCACGCACGACACUUGACGCCCCCUUGCUGGCAUCGUUUGGACUUUCGGUUCUGUUGGACAUUGUUUCAGAGUGGACCCGCCAUGACGCGCUGCCUGCUGCCGUGUCUGCUGCUGCUGCUCACGACGCGCACGGCGAUGUCUUCGGGCGUGUUCGAGCUGAAGAUCGACUCCUUCACCAGUCACCGGGCUGUGUGCCGCCAUUCGUCCCGGGACUGUCACAUCUUUUUCCGCGUGUGCCUCAAGCAUUCCCAGGACGUCAUCAGCCCCGAGCCUCCGUGCACGUACGGGACCGCGCUCACCGAGAUCUUUGGCGUGGACCCUGAGUCCAUCAGCGGGAGCGCGCCCAUCAGGGUACCCUUCCUCUUCAAGUGGCCGGGAAUAUUCUCUCUGAUCAUCGAGGCUUGGAAUGCUGAGUCUUCCGGACUCGACUCAACAGAGAACCAAAACAACCUGAUCAGCCGCUUGGCGACGCGGCGCAAGCUGAGGGUGGGCGAGGAGUGGUCCCAGGACGUGCACUAUGGCGAGCAGAGCGAGCUCCGUUACUCGUACCAUGUGGUGUGCAACGAGCACUACCAUGGCGAUGCUUGCUCCGCCUACUGCCGACCUCGCAACGACACCUUUGGACACUACACCUGUGAUCAAGAUGGCCGCCGCCGCUGCCAGGACGGCUGGACGGGCGACUACUGCUCUGACCCCAUCUGUGCGGCGGGCUGCAGCGACGAGCAUGGCUCCUGCGACGCCCCCGGCGAGUGCGCGUGUCAUCAGGGCUGGCAGGGCGAGCGCUGUGACGAGUGUGCACGCCACCCGGGAUGCCUGCACGGCACCUGCCAGCAGCCAUGGCAGUGCAACUGCAAGGAAGGCUGGGGCGGCCUGUACUGCAACCAAGACCUCAACUACUGCACCAACCACAAGCCGUGUCAGAACGAGGCAGCAUGCACCAACACUGGCCAGGGCAGCUACACGUGUACGUGCAAACCCGGAUUCACCGGCAAGAACUGCGAGGUCCAAACCAACGAGUGCGACAGCAACCCCUGCAGGAACGGCGGCAGUUGCAGUGAUUUGGUCAACGGCUACUCAUGCGCGUGUCCUCAGGGCUUCCGGGGCAAAAACUGUGAGAUCAGCGCCAUGCAGUGCGUGGACGAGCCAUGUUUUAACGGCGGGACGUGUGUGGAGAGUGCUGGCGGAGGUUACAGAUGUCUCUGCCCAACCGGCUACACCGGCUCCAACUGCGAGAUGAAGAACAACAAAUGCAGCAGCAACCCCUGCGCUAACGGCGCGCAGUGUUUGGACGUGGGUCAGCGGGUCGUGUGUCGCUGUCGUCUGGGCUUCAGCGGUCCUCACUGCGAGACCAAUGUGGACGACUGUGCUAGCAACCCUUGCCGCAACGCCGGCACCUGCGUGGACAGCAUCAACGACUUCACGUGCACGUGCACGUUGGGCUUCAGCGGCAAGGACUGCUCCAUGCGCUCCAGCCCCUGCGACCACUUCCCCUGUGACAAUGGCGGCAAGUGUUACGCCCACUUCUCGGGCCCCGUGUGCCAGUGCCCGCCGGGCUUCAUGGGCGCACACUGCGAGUAUGCCGUCAAGACCACACCCCCCCCGGUCCCCCCUCCUAAGAAUGGCAGCUUUCCUGCGGCGCUGGCCGCCGCCUGCAUCUUUGGCGUGCUGACACUGACCCUGCUGGUGUGCAGCGCCAUUUUCAUCUUGCGCCAGCUCCGCCGGGGCAGGGAGCUCACUGCGCUUUCCACGUCGGUCAAGAACGACCUGGAGACGGUCAACAACCGCAACGGCGUCAUCGGUGGGGGCAGGGCCAGAAACGUCAGCUUGGCAGGAGCGCUGCUGAGCGGCCUCAAAGAGAAGGAGACCUUCCUCCUUCCUGGAGGACAAGUCAAAGUGUCCAACAAGGAUGUCGCGCUGGUGGGCGGAGACGACGGGGCAGUCUUUAAAAACAAAAUGGCCGACUUCAACCUAGCCAAGGACGAGCAACACAACAAAAACAUGUUUGACCGUAGAAACAAGUGUGACUCGUCCGUCAUCAUUCCUCCUCUCAGUUUUGUCAAAGACGUCUGCUAUCAGCCUGUCUUCAUCAUUCCUGAUCAGGUGGAGCAGUGUGUCUUUGCUACUGAGGUGUGACCUCCAGCCGAACAAGGUUAAAGACUCGCUGUCCAGGACAGAUGAACUUUAUUUAAUAUUUAUUGCUGCGCCACGGAGACAAAAGAGUGGGACAUUGUCCCCGCAAAGACACGAGCAGCACAGACUGAAUGUUCCUGCGUUAUUUGCACUAUUUAACUUUAUCAUGAUUGUUAUUUCAACAAUAUAACGUGUGUGUUUUUAUAUGUCAACUUUCAACUGUGGAUCCAACCAGCACAGAGACCGGUGCCUUAGUCAAGCUCCUCAAUCACCACCACCUCAAGUGCUUCCUGCGGCAUUUCAAAGUAAGAGCAAUCAAGCCGACAGGAAGAGGAAGCGAGGGGGACCGUGCCAUCAAGUGCCUCCUUUCAGCAGCAACAAUCCAACGUUAACAAUCAAGCGUUAGCAGCUAGCUAGCACAAAUGCCUACAACAUUCCUGAGACUUGUGUCGACGCGCUGGCGUGGAAAACGUUUUACUUUUGUGUACGCCGCCUGCCUUCAUCUGUUUGAUACCAAAAAUAUGUGUGCGUUUGUCUCCUAAUUUAUUAUUUAAUUUGUACAUAAACAUGUAUUUAUGAGAU